AUGUUAGAUAUGGCUAGAUUCAAAGGCUUGAUGGUGUCUCUUCCAUUUGGAUUUCUGUUGUUGUUAUGUUCUUCUUUUAUUAUACUUCCUGGUGUCACUGGAUGGAGCAAAGAGGGUCAUGAGAUGACAUGUCUAAUUGCACAGGCACUUUUAAAACCUGAAGCAUCAGAAGCAAUUCAUCAUUUGUUACCUCCCUCUGUGAAUGGUAAUCUAUCAGCAUUAUGUGUAUGGCCAGACCAAAUUAGACACUGGUACAAAUAUAAAUGGACUAGUCCACUUCAUUUCAUCGACACGCCUGAUAAAAAAUGUGGUUUUCAGUAUUCAAGGGAUUGUCAUGAAGAUAUGUGUGUUGCCGGAGCUAUCAAAAAUUUCACUUCUCAACUUUCACAUUACAAAGAAGGAACGUCUGAUCGGAGAUAUAAUAUGACUGAAGCAUUAUUGUUCUUGUCACAUUUCAUGGGAGAUAUUCAUCAGCCGAUGCAUGUUGGAUUCACCUCGGACAAAGGUGGAAACACGAUAAAUCUACGCUGGUAUAGGCACAAAUCUAAUCUGCAUCAUGUGUGGGACAGAGAAAUUAUUCUCACUGCAUUAAAGGAUUAUUAUGACAAAGAUGUGACACUCCUCCUCCAAGACAUUGAGAAAAACUAUACCAAUGGAAUAUGGUCAGAAGAUGUUGCUUCAUGGGAGCAUUGUAAUGAUAUAUCUCUUUGUGUGAAUAAUUGGGCUAAAGAGAGCAUACAAAUUGCUUGCAAAUGGGGUUAUGAAGGAGUUAAAUCUGGAACGACUCUUGCAGAAGAGUACUUCGACUCAAGGAUGCCAUUUGUGAUGAAACGAAUUGCUCAAGGUGGAAUUCGAUUAGCCAUGAUUCUGAACCAAGUGUUUGGAGAUUCUCAAGAAGGAUUUGUAGUUGCUACUUAA